CUAUUUUGCUGUUUUCAUGUCACAGCAGGGGACAGGUGGAUUAAAAGGUUUCCCCGAUGAGAAUUAAUCAUCCGUGGGGAGGCUCCGUGAUCGUGACUAUGAUGAUGAUGUCGAGUAAGAGCGUGGAGUGGCUGCAGGAGGAGCUGGAGUCCGGGGCCAGCUCCCUGCUCCUGCUGGACUGCAGACCGCACGAGCUGUACGAGUCCUCGCACAUCGAGUCGGCCAUCAACCUGGCCAUCCCGGGCCUCAUGCUCCGGAGGCUGAAGAAGGGAAACCUCCCCAUCCGCUCCAUCAUCCCCAACAACGAGGACAAGGAGAAAUUCGUCAAGCGCUGCAAGACGGACGUGGUGGUCCUGUACGACGAGGCGACCCCCGAGCGGCAGGAGUCCGGGAUGGGGAGCUCCGUGCUGGGGCUGCUCCUGCAGAAGCUCCGGGACGACGGCUGCAAGGCUUUUUAUCUGGAGGGGGGCUUUAACAAGUUCCAGUCUGAGUACCCCGAGCACUGCGAGACCAAUCUGGACUGCUCGUGUCCCAGCAGCUCGCCGCCGACCUCCGUCCUCGGCCUCGGGGGACUCCGCAUCAGCUCCGACUGCUCGGACGGGGAGUCGGACCGCGAGCCGGGCAGCGCCACCGAGUCGGAGGGCAGCCCGCUGCCCAGCAACCAGCCGGCGUUCCCCGUGCAGAUCCUGCCGUACCUCUACCUGGGCUGUGCCAAAGACUCCGCCAACCUGGACGUGCUCAGCAAGUACAACAUCAAGUACAUCCUCAACGUGACGCCCAACCUGCCCAACAUGUUCGAGCACGAGGGGGACUUCAAGUACAAACAGAUUCCCAUCUCCGACCACUGGAGCCAGAACCUCUCGCAGUUUUUCCCCGAGGCCAUCUCAUUCAUCGACGAGGCCCGCUCCCAGAAGUGCGGCAUCCUGGUGCACUGCCUGGCCGGCAUCAGCCGCUCCGUCACCGUCACCGUGGCCUACCUGAUGCAGAAGCUCAACCUGUCGCUCAACGACGCCUACGACUUCGUCAAGCGGAAAAAGUCCAACAUCUCCCCGAACUUCAACUUCAUGGGCCAGCUGCUGGACUUCGAGCGGACGCUGGGCCUCAACAGCCCCUGCGACAACCACUCCGCCUCGCCCACGCACGACCAGCUCUUCUUCACCACGCCCACCAAUCACAACGUGUUCCAGCUGGACACGCUGGAGUCCACAUGAGGGCGGGGCGGCGGGAACCAACGGCCGCGCCGGUGGAGAGCGGCCGCUUUUUAGUGAAUGUUUGGGCCUCUUGGGGCUCGACGCCGGAGAGCCCGGCCGCGGAGCAGCCGCCGUGCGGCGGCGAGGCUCAGAGAAGCCACGGUUAAAGAGGACAGGGAGAUUUUUUUUUUUUUUUUCUUUUUUUGUUUUUUCGACCCAGAGAGGCGUGACUGUGUGUUUACAAAGGCUUCCUCCUCAGCGUUGAUUUGAACUGAGGACGGGAUAAACCCUGAUCGCUUGUCUGGUUAGGCGAGAACAAGGGAGGCUGGAGUGAGGGACUGACGGCUCGCAGCGGGACGCGCCGCUUCGUACGAAGAGAGGAAGACGCAACGCGGCGGCUGGAGGAGGCGACAGCUUCCUCUCUGUCUUUCUGCCUCGGCUCUCCAGCUGAGCGGACUGGUGCCAAGUGGAGAAUCUGGGAUUUACUCGUAGGAAAUCUCGCUCUACUGAAUGUAGAGUUUUUCAAAACCAAGGAAUUUACACACACACACACACACACACACACACACACACACAUAAACAAAGUAUGUAUGUUUGUACCGUAUGUAUGUUAACGUACAUUGCAGAAAAUGUAUGGGCAGUCCUUAAGGAAUUCAGUAUGUCUUUAUGCAUUUUUGUAUAUUUUUAUGUACAUUUACGCACAGAUCUAUACCUUAUAUGAAUAUAAACACAUAGAAAAUCUUAUC